CGGGGAUGGUGUAUAUAGCGAACGGACAAGUGCUGGACGGCCAGAGUCGGUCGCCAUGGAGACUCUCGUUCCUAACGGACAUGUUCUGGGGAAUAACGGACUUCAUUGUCAUGUUCUUCCAGAGUAUCAUUCAUCCCAAUGUCACAAGGAGAGGCUGUCAGAACUCCUCCUCCAGAACCCGAUUUGAUGAUGGAAGAGGACCCCCGGGGAACCCGCGGCGCAGGAUGGGCCGAAUCGACCACAAUUCAGGGCCUAAUGCUCCUCCCAUGUCGGGGGGUGGAUGAGGAAGGUAAACGCCUGCCCCCACAAGCAGGCAACUAGAGACGGACGCUCGUUAGCCGGCAGCGCGCAGGAAGGUUGCCGCUCGGGCUACGGAUGUUCAUCUCUAUCAGUGAAAUGCUCUGCAGCAGUUGCAGAUCCAUGAUGUCAUGCUGGGAGCUCCCAAUCAGGAUCCAGCACCGACUGAUCAGCAUUCAUUUAUAUCUGUAAAUUCCUCCCCCCCUCGCCUUUCCCUUUUUGUCGUCUUUUAGUAACACGACUGUCGGGUUGUACGGAUAACCGUAUAAACUGGAGGCAGAUUCAAUGUCAAAGGGGUUGUUUUUUUUAUAAAGGGUAAUUGUCGUUGCUAUAAGAAAAGGCCCCAAUUAUAGCUGGAGGUCGCUUCUUUUUUUGUUUUUGAGUUAUGAAAUGGUUAAUUUAGUUGUUAGUUGGGUAUCAGUGGGUUAAACCAGUGUCCCUUGCACUUUCAGCCUUACUAUUCUCCCCGGUACAGCCGAUUGGUUCUGCUGUCUGUCAGGGGCUUGCUGCAGGAGUAUGCUGUUUGCAGCAGGAUAAAAGGAGAGCGCUCAUUAGUAAGGGUGAAGACACACGGAGCUACUAGUAGCAGCUACUAAAACAGACAAUGCUGAUCAUUUACUGAUAAUUGUCCCUACGUGUGUUUAGCAGAGGGAAUUCUCAGUAUUGUCUAUGGCAGGGGAUUUUCUGGCCGCUUCUAAGUGGCCCCGUGUGUCUUCUCCCUAAAACAUUAAGGGUGAAGACACACAGAGCUACUUAGUAGCAGCUACUUGUCACGGCUACUAAACGCCAGAAAAUCCCCUGCCAUAGACAAUACUGAGAAUUGCCUCUGCUAAACACACGUAGGGACAAUUAUGAGGAAAUGAUCAGCAUUGUCUGUUUUAGUAGCCGCGACAAGUAGUUGCUACAAAGUAGCUCAAAUCCUAUAAUAAUUGAGAGAAAAAACAACAGAUUUAAUCUCUAUCCAUAAUUGUUUAUUUUUUUUUUAUUUGUGUGAAGGUUCUUUGUGAGACCAUUUAGUGGGGAGCUCAGAGAGACA